AGAAGGGGCGCAAAGAUGUGGAGUCAACAGGGUGAUGGGGCUAUCCUUAAAUGACCCCAAUUUAAUUGACUUUCUCCAUCCAACAAUUUUAAAAGGUGUUGCUCCCGCUGCGGUUUUGUUUCGUCAACAGUAGAGGAAUGCAUAGCGCGCCCUUUUUGCAAACUCACCCGGUGAAAAUGCGAAAAAAAAAUAAAAUAAAAUAAAAAAAAAAAAUAAAAAAAAAUUAAUCAAAACGUGGGCUAUCCCCAUAUGUGCAUGUACCUCCAUUUGAUGAGCAUUACGAGAUUAGUUCCCUUUCUUAUGCGCCCAUUUGUUCCCUUUUGUACUUCUUUCUUUCCCUCCCUCCCUGAUCGCUAAUUCGCAAAUGUACACUGCACCUGCGUCGCAGUGACUAUACCUGCGCUAGCGCUGCGUGUAAAUGUGGCAUACGACGAAUUGGAACAGCAGAAGAGAAAAGAUCGUUUCGUCAGGGAUGUGUUUACGUUGAAAGUUUUGUGUACCUUUUCACUUUGGGACAAUUGCUUAGGUCCCCCUUUUUUUUCUUUUUUUUUCUUCCCAUUUCUGUACCAUUUUGGACCCAGCGGGGAAUCCUGACCGACUGCGCCUGCUCCACCAUGAAAGGCUUCACCUUGCAACGCUCGAUAGCCCAUUUGGCCAUUCCUGCCAGGCAGAGUUGCCAUGUGGAAAAGAAGAACCUCCGAUUCUUUCGCAGUGGCAGCAGGGCGAAUGGCUUGGCCAGCUGGAUCAGGCGCUACAGCAGCACAGCGGGAGGAAAGAAAGCGGAAGAUGAGUACUACCUGUCCAUGGGGGAUAACAUCGAAAAGAGAUACAGCUUAGCCUUAUACAACGUGGGAAAGAAAAACAAAAAAAUAAACGAAAUAACAAGUGACAUAUUAUUUAUAAAAAACAAUUUCCUCAAGGAUAAAUCUUUCCUUAAUUUCUUGCACACUCCAAAUAUUGAAAGUAGGGAAAAAUUAAAUUUUUUAAAAACAGAGUGUAAAAAGUAUAACAAUAAUUUUAGCCCCAUCACAUCCAAUUUUCUCGAGUCCCUAUUCGAUUCCAAAAGGAUAAAAUUUCUGCAAAAGAUAAUCGAAGAAUUUGAAUUGCUCCUAAUGAAGGAGAGGAAAGAAAUCAAGUGUGUUGUGUACACGGCCAAAGAAAUCAAUAACAAUGAGAAGCAGAAAAUCCAGGAGUCCAUUCUUUUUAAGUUAAAGAACGAACUGAAGCCUCUUAUAGAGUAUAAGAUAGACAAAAGCAUUUUGGGCGGCCUCGUCUUGCAAAUCGGCAACCAAGUGUUUGACUUUUCCGCAAAGUACAAAAUUGAGAAGAUCAGGAGCACCUUGUCUUAG